UUCAAACAGAAAACUAUUAUUUAGAUAUUAGAAAAUAAAAGACAUAUUAGAAAAUAAAUUGUGUCGAAUCUGCUACUCUGCGCCGGAAGUUAGGUGUUCCUUUGGCUUGUUGUGGUUGACAAAUGCUGCACGAUUUAGCAUGGCGAUCCCUAUAGCCAUCUUGGACUGUGAUCUACUCCUGCAUGGUCGAGGUCAUAAGACCCUGGACCGCUUUGACCUGGACUCCGUCUCUGACACCAUCCUCCUCACACAGUUUGGCUUCCCCAGAGAGUUCAUUCUGUAUCUUGUGGAAUUGCUAAGAGAUGAUCUCUGUAGACGUACCCUGCGGUCCAGAGCCAUCAGCCCUGAGGUCCAGGUGUUGGCUGCUUUGGGUUUCUACACAUCUGGCUCAUUCCAGACGUCCAUGGGGGAUACUAUAGGGAUCAGUCAGGCAUCCAUGUCGAGAUGUGUGUCCAAUGUGACCAAAGCCCUGGUGGAGAAGGCUCCGCAGUUCAUCACGUUCAACAGGGAUCCCUCCAGCAGGGAACUGACCUUCCAGGAGUUUCAGAGAGUUGCAGGAUUUCCAGGAGUUCUGGGAGUGCUGGACUGUGUUCAGGUGGCUAUCAAAGCUCCAAACAGCGAAGACUCGUCGUACGUGAACAAAAAAGGGUUUCACUCUGUGGCCUGCCAGCUCGUCUGUGACGCCCGAGGACUGUUACUCAGCGCAGAAACCCACUGGCCCGGUGGACUCAAAGACACCGAUGUUCUAGAAAGAUCUGCUCUCCACAAACAGCUGCAGGACUUUGAGAAAGGCUGGCUGCUGGGUGACUGUCGCUACCCACUGAGGAAGUGGUUGAUGACCCCGGUCUACAGCCCAGAAUCCCCUGCAGAGUUUCGAUAUAAUCUGGCCCAUACUGCAACACAUGAGAUAGUGGACAGGACCUUCAGAGCCAUCCAGACCAGAUUCAGAUGUUUAGACGGCACCAAAGGAUACCUGCAGUAUGCUCCAGAGAGGAGUUCGUCCAUCCUGCUGGCCUGCUGUGUCCUCCACAAUGCCUCCCUGCAGUCGGGAUUAGAUGCCUGGACUCUGGAGAGGACAGACCCCCCGGAGCAGCCUGAGAGCCUGGAGCAGAGACCUGAGGACCGCGACAGCCUGGCAGAGGACCUCAGAAGACAGCUCAUACUCAAACACUUCAGCUAAAACACUGGUCUGGGACUUGGACUUGAGCCGGACAGUGUCUCACAGAUCGAAAAACAAACUCAAGUUAUGUUCAUGUUGAGGUCAAAGGGGAUCAGAGAACUGGGAACAGAGAAAAUCACAUCCGAUUUUCCCAAUUUAUGAUUAUCACAAGUCACAUUUAAAGCAAGAAAGUCAAUGGACACAGUGUUGCUGAUGCAGUUUUUUAAUAUUUUGCUGGUUUCUACUCUACUGACUACACUAAGAUAACAUAAUUAUAUAUGGAGGAACAUGCAAGGCACUAUACAACAAACCAAGACAACAUCAUAUCCAAACACAUUUCAAACAAGCGAACCGCCUGGAAAGUGCAGGAUCAUUCUCUCUGGUAGAAUAAUCCAGCAACUCCUGGUGUUUGACAACUAUUCAAACUGUGUGAAGCUACUGUGUCGUCCAGGUUUCUUUACAAGUGGAAAACUUCACCCUCCCUGUAAUUGUUCUUUUUUUUUUUUUUAACCCUCCCCAUUUAAUCCCCCAGAAUCCACAGAUUUUUCUACUAUUUUUUUUUCUUCUCAGUUCCCACUUUCCACAGGUUAAAGUCUUGGACUAUGUCACAAUACAAAAACAAGGCCCUUUAUUUACAACAUCUGCACAUUGAGUUGUCAUUAUUUAUGUACACUGGUGCAUUGAGACUGAUAAGGGUGAGAACCACAGAGUGGUUGAGCAAAGGGGGGCUGCAGUCACGUGACGCUUUUGUUCACGUCCGGCAUAAAACACAAUAUAAAAACAAAAACAAUUUUUUUCUGGAUGUUUUAUAGUCAGAAUUUUUACUCCUCAAGGAUUUGGAUUUGGGACAGUGAAACAUCCGUUUUCUUUUAAUUUGAUGGAAUACCAUGACAUUUUUCUGGGGAGUGUAACUGUUUUUCAAACAUUGUCAAAAUAGUGGUGCGGAUAAUAAAAAUGUCUUUAAAUGUC